CCAGCAUAGAAAAUACAACAAACAAUAUAAUUAUUAUUGUUAUUUCAGUUAUUUAUUGCGCCGUUUGGAAAAUGUACUUUCGAACACUUUUAACAGACAGUUAUCGAACGCAUCAAUGUACGCAACAAAUAACUACAGACAACUUUCGAACGAAAAUUGUUUAUUUUCGCGCCUAAAAACUAAACUAAAGCGCCCGUUUUGGAGAAAACAAAAAAAUUUAAUAAGAAAGUGAAAUUCAACACAGCUGAUCGGCUAUCAAUGGAAUGUUGUCAGCAAAAUCAAAACAAUGUUGACACAACUCAGAUGGACUCAGCAGCGCGGGAAUGCAAUGCGGUGAGUGAAUGAUACAAAAAGAUAAGAUGCCAAAAUGAACGCGAUGUGCUUAUCAGCCGGCUGCUCAGCAUUUAUCAUCAUCAUCUGUGAGCGAUAUGCGACGUAGUUCGUAUGAGCGCGCAACACGAGCGGCUAUUUAAAGCGCGCGAAUGCCAUCGAAACAGCACAGUACGCCACGGCACGCAACAAGUUCAAGUGCAGUUCAACAGCUGAUUUUCAUACAUAUAUAGAAAAUAACAAAAUAUUUGAGUUAUACUCUUUUUUUGUUAAGCAUACACCUUUUACUGAACUCAUUUCACUCACUCACAACCGAAGAUGUGCGCUCAGAAGCUAAAUUCUUGCUCAAUUCAACUAAGCGCUAUCACAAGUAUACUAUUGGCAACAUUGUUGCUGCAACAUGUUGCUGGCGCACCCGAAUUUGUUUCGCACAAAGAUUGCAAUGAUGCGGUGAAGGGCACUAUUGUCGCCAAUCCAGGCAAUUGCAGUCAAUAUAUCAUUUGUGAUGGGCUGCGUUCCACGCUCGGCGAAUGUCCCGCCGAUACAUAUUUCAAUGCGAAUGUCUUGUCAUGCGAUAAGACGUCUUUUGCCUGCAGCGGCAAUAAUACCAACAGCACCACCACAGCGAUGACAACAACAACAACAGCACCCACAACAACAACAGUUAAAGAGGUUGCAGAGUUGACUGCCUCCAGUCAUCUAUUCGCCACGCGUCGUCCACUCAACACCUAUCAGCGUCCGCUGGGCAAUAAGCGCCCGGGCAGCACUGCUCUCUUGCAGAAUCCGUCCUUGGCGUUGACGCCCACUUACGGCCGUCCCGUCUGCACCAGCUGGUACGAUCAGCAAUUCCCGCAUCCCAACAACUGCGAAUACUAUUUCCAUUGUGUCGGCGGCUUUCUCAGCGUGCGCCGUUGCUAUUUCGGUUUUGGCUGGGACUUGGAGCGUCAGCAGUGUGUGCCCAUGCAGCAGGCGAAAUGCUUCCGCGCAAAGCUCGUGCGCUAGUUCGCUGCUGCGUACGCUUGUUCGGUUUUGUUUCGAUUUUUUUGUUGUUGUUGACAUUUUGUUUAAUGCACAAAUUUGUUAUUUGCAUGCUUUUAUUAUUGCGAAAUGCUUUUGAUGCUCUUGAUGCAUUACAUUCACACGCCAGUGUGUUUGCGUGUCUUUAUUUAGUUGUAUGAAAAUAAUUUAAGCGUAGCAUUAAGUGUUUA